AUGGAGUUGGGACCAGCCAGAGUUGGUCAGGACCUCAAGCUCACCCGUAAUCCUCACUCUUGGAAUAACAGGGCUUCUAUAAUUUUCUUGGACCAGCCCGUCAACGUUGGAUUCUCUUACGGUAAAUCAGGUGCCUUCAACACUCCAUCAGCCUCGAAGGAUGUCUUUGCUUUCUUGACCCUGUUCUUCAAGCAAUUUCCUCAAUAUGCCCUCCAGGACUUCCAUAUCGCAGGAGAGUCUUACGCCGGUCACUACAUUCCAGUAAUUGCAGAAGACAUCCUGAAACAAAAGUCCAAUAUCAAGUUCAAGUCUGUCCUUAUUGGAAACGGCAUGACCGACCCUUACACCCAGUUCGCAUCUUAUCCACCCAUGGCCUGUGGAAAGGGCGGGUACAGUGCUGUCUUGGAUCAGCCUACCUGCAAAGCUAUGGAGGCCGCCGUUCCGCAAUGCCAGAAAGAAAUCAAGCGCUGCUAUGACAAGCCUACAGAUGUUGCUACUUGUGUUAAGGGUGCCAAAUUCUGUAAGGACGCUCUCGUCCGUCCAUAUUCCCGGACGGGUCAGAGCAUCUACGAUAUCCGUGGUCGCUGCGAAGACCCUAAGGACCUCUGCUACCCUAUCCUGGGCUGGAUCACCAAGUACCUCAACCAGCACCAUGUUCAGAAAGCUAUAGGUGCUGAAGUCUCACAUUUCAAAGGGUGCAACAAUCAUAUAAGCAGCCAGUUCUUCGCCCACGGAGACUACAACCAGCCCUUCCACCGCAAGAUCCCCGGAAUCUUGAAGGAUGUCAAUGUUCUCGUCUACGCUGGUGAUGCUGACUAUAUCUGCAACUGGCUCGGCGUCAAGGAAUGGACAGAGGCUCUCCAGUGGCCUGGCCGUCAUAUCUUCAGACGCAAGAACCUCAGCGUUGUUUAUCAUAGCGUUAACAAAUGGCCGUUGGGUCGGGUCAAGUAUCACAAUGGCCUUGCUUUUCUCCAGGUCUUUAAGGCUGGCCACAGGGUUCCAUAUGACCAGCCUGAGAACGCCUUGGACUUUUUCAACCGCUGGCUUGCUGGGGAGUGGACUCCAUAG